AUGACUGACCAGAAAGUGCUCUAUUGCACCGGGGGCCGAUUACCCAGGCUGCAGAGCGGGGAGCCGUGUGAAGAUGGCGGCUUAGAAAGUGCUCUAUUGCCCCGAUUACCCAGGCUGCAGAGCGGGAGCGGGAGCAGUGUGAAGAUGGCGGAGACCCGGAGUAGGCCGGGGUCGGCGGCUGGAAAUGAGAGCGAGCCGGACGAGGAUGUGGACGGAGGGCAGCUUGACGUCAGCUCACCGCACUUCGACCCGUACCUGGCGUUGUACAGCCCGCGGCCGCCGCCACUGCCCUUCCCCUCCGUGCGCACUUUUAACAACGUGGCCGAGUACGAGUCGUUCCUGCAGCGGCGGCCCCGCGGCCGCAUCCCGGGCCCAGCCAGGACCCGCGGCGGGCGCCGCGCAGCGCGGGCUGCCUCCGACCCCGACAGGAUCGAGCGGCUCAAGAAGCUGAUGGUGGCUCAGCCGAGCAGCGAGGAGAAGCCGCGAUGCUGCCGGAGGGACCGCGCCCCCAAGAACGUGAUGACCAGGAUGGCCCUUCAUGAAGGAAGUCCGCUGGGUGAACUCUAUCGGUGUGUCCAGGACAGAAUAAAGAUUAGCGUUCACAUCAGGACUUUCAAAGGACUACGGGGUGUUUGCUCAGGAUUCUUGGUGGCAUUUGAUAAAUUCUGGAAUAUGGCACUUGUUGAUGUAGAUGAGACCUUUAGGAAACCCAUUCUUGGGAAAGCUUUUUACAGUGAACCAGUGCUCACGGUUGGCAGGCUUUUUGAUCGGCUAAGGCUUCAAGAAUCCAAAGGUGAGGAACCCAUUUCCAAGGCUACAGAACAAACUGGCUCUUUCCCAAAGAGGACUGUGGAUGAGGAAGAUGGACUAGAUAACAGCAAAAGUCUGAGCUGUAGUGUUACAGCAGAGCCUGUGCAGCAAACUUUGGACACUAUGAACAUGUCUCUGCAAGGCAAAGCUGCAGGUUGUGAUCAGUUGGAGAGGAGUUGCAAACAGAUGGGCCUGGGGACCAGGUCUCGUGCAGGUGAGAAACAGAAAAGGAAAGCAAAAGGCAAGGUGGAUUAUCAGCAGGUUUCUCAAAGACACCUGAAACAACUGUUUAUCCGGGGUGAAAAUAUCUUGCUCAUCAGCAUCCGACAAUGAUAAAUGCAACCACACCCAAAGGCUUGAUAGACUGGGCCUUAUAGAAUAUUAUUACAAGGUGCAAAUGAAAACUUUGACUGUAAAACUUCAACUGCCUGGAAAUCUGGCUGUUAACUUCCAUGAGCAGAAAAUAAUCUGAAUUGAUGAUGUGUUUGAACAGUAAACGUAAACAUCUUGUUUCUGCUCUGAACUGUUGUGAAGUUAGUUUACUCGAUGGGGACUUGAACAGUGAAAUUGUUCAUGCCGUACUGUUGGAAGUGUAGAAUUUUGAUGAAACUAUUGCAGUCACCUGACGCUGUUUAUUUUUAUUCUGUUGCCCUUUGAUUGAAAUGUGUUUGAACUACCAUUCUAAUUGUGAAUGAUUUGCUUCAGAACUGAUGUUUCCUGUAUUCUUCUGCCUACAAUGACUUUGGAAAUAGUGCUUUAAAAAUGCUCCGGCCUGGGGUUGAUGUGAAAUAAACGGUGUAGGUGUCUAAGGAGAAACAUUCUUUUGUGUUUGGUGAUCUUGCUGUGUGGACUCAUCAUGGUAUGUAAGGUGGCUUUUUGGCCUAACAUGUAUUUACCAGAAGUCUCACUUCUGUUUUCUAAGUCGUCUGGUAAUUUUGUCUCCAUUUUUGUAAGUGA